AGCAGGAGGCGGUGUGUACCAUUAUAUAUCCGUUUACAUUUUAUAAAUGCUAUAGAAGAAUGCUGGGCUCCACAUGGCAGGUCUCGGGUCGGAAAACAUUAUUGAAAUAAUAAAAUAAUGCCUUUUAGAUAAGCGUGACAAACCGUGUGUGUUGAAUGUGUUGAUACGUUUGCUUUCCACAUUUGACGCUUUGUUAGGAUACGUAACCUAAAGUUCUCGCUAUUCACAGCGCAUUUAGAUUUUUUAUAAACAACACUAAACCGGAAUGCAUUGAGGAGUUAGCUCAAUGAAAGAAAAACUAUGAAGAACAGAUGUAGUGGUAUAGACCAGCGACUCAAACAGAGAGUUGAACAGUACCUGAAAUCCAACAACAGUCAGUAUGUUGAUGUUGCUGAAAUGGCCGCAGACCUUCAGCGACAGUACAGGCUAGAUUAUGGCAGAAGGAACAGAACAGCUUUUAGGAUACAAGUGGAAAAAGUGCACAAGAUAAUAUGUAAUGAUUCUGGGCUCUCAGCACUAGAAGACAAACACUUGGCUAAAAGAGCAAGACGCAGUAAAGAGGAUGAUGGUGAGGACAGCAGUGUGCUGAGUGACAGCACAGACAGCGAGGCAGAUUUAUCUGAAAAUGAGAACACUAAUCACAUGAACAACUCGCUGAUGUCCCUGUAUUGCAAGGGGAAUCCCAAGAAUGGAACCCCUUCAAGGGAGCAGGAUGCCGGUAGCCCAAAUCCAGCCUGUCAGAAGGGUUCAUCAGCUGAGGGCAGCGGUAGCAGUUGUACCCUUUAUCACUCCACCACCACUGUGUCUUCAGGUGGCUGGUUCAUUGAUAAGACAGGAAGAAAAGAUCGGGAGAACAUGCUGAUCGACCUGUGUGAGGAGUCAGCCAGCCCUGCAGUCAAAAAAGACACUGAUUUGUCAGUGCUGGAGCCUGAAAAAAAGCCAAAGAAGAGCAAGAAGAAAGAAAAGAGAAAAACCCAGAGUGAAGGAGAAAGUAAAGACGCAGGCAUUGAGGAAAGCAUAAUGUCAAAAAAAGCCCGGCCCAAACCUCCUGAACUUCAACAUUCCACAGUGAAGUUUGAAGACGUUGGUGGUAAUGAAGAAACUCUGACGGAUUUGUGUAAAUUGCUCAUCCAUAUGCGUCAUCCUGAUGUGUACCAGCAGCUAGGAGUAGUGCCUCCACGAGGUUUCCUUCUUCAUGGGCCGCCUGGUUGUGGAAAAACCCUCCUUGCCCAAGCUGUUGCUGGGGAAAUGGAGUUGCCCAUGUUGAAGGUCUCUGCUCCAGAGCUGGUGUCAGGCAUUUCAGGGGACUCGGAGCAGAAACUACGUGAGCUGUUUGAGCAAGCUGUGAGCGGUGCUCCCUGCAUUCUAUUCAUUGAUGAGAUUGAUGCCAUCACUCCAAAGAGGGAGGUGGCCUCCAAGGACAUGGAGAGACGAAUUGUUGCUCAGUUACUCACCUGCAUGGAUGACUUGAAUUCCUUACGUAUACCAACACAGGUCUUGGUUAUUGGAGCCACCAACCGGCCUGAUUCUUUAGAUCCUGCUUUGAGAAGAGCAGGACGUUUUGACAGAGAAAUCUGUCUGGGCAUUCCAGAUGAAGGAGCACGUCUGAAAAUUCUUAAUACUCUUUGUCGGAAGCUUAAGCUGCCAGCAGAUUUUGACUUUGCACAGCUGGCACGUCUCACACCUGGGUAUGUUGGUGCGGAUCUGAUGGCACUGUGCCGUGAGGCAGCCAUGACUGCUGUUAACCGGGUCCUGCUGCAGCAGCUUGAGGCUGGCCACAUGUGUCAGAACACUGAUGUCCAGAAUGACGACAGUGCAAAGUCCCAAGAUAUGAGCAUAUCUAGUGAUGUGGUAGAAGAGAGUGGACAGACUUCUGAUGAUUUAAGUGCACCGCAGGGGGAGCUACAACAGCUGCUUUCUCUGCUGAGGAACAGCAAGUCUCUAAGCAAGGAACAGCUUGCUGAUCUCUGCAUAGUCAUGGAUGACUUCAGGGAGUCACUGGCACGGGUCCAACCAUCUGCCAAGCGUGAAGGCUUUGCCACAGUGCCUGAUGUCACCUGGGAUGAUAUCGGUGCACUGCAAGACAUUCGCGAGGAACUCACUAUGGCCAUCUUGGCUCCUGUACGUAGUCCAGAGGAGUUCAAAGCUCUGGGUUUGAGUGCCCCUGCAGGAGUGCUGCUUGCUGGACCUCCAGGCUGUGGAAAGACCCUUCUUGCCAAAGCUGUUGCCAAUGAGUCUGGUUUAAACUUUAUAUCCGUCAAGGGCCCCGAGCUACUGAAUAUGUAUGUUGGUGAAAGUGAGCGUGCAGUUCGCCAGGUGUUCCAGAGAGGACGAAACUCGGCCCCGUGUGUGAUCUUUUUCGAUGAGAUUGAUGCCCUUUGCCCUCGACGUUCUGGCCAUGAGUCUGGAGCCACUGUGCGUGUAGUGAACCAGUUGCUGACUGAGAUGGACGGGUUGGAGACACGCCGCCAGGUUUUCAUCAUGGCUGCCACCAACCGGCCAGACAUCAUUGAUCCAGCAGUGCUUCGACCUGGCCGUUUGGACAAAACAUUGUACGUUGGUUUGCCUCCGCCAGAAGACAGACACGCCAUAUUGCUCACUAUUACUAAGGGAGGAACUAAGCCUUGUCUGGAGUUAGAUGUGAACUUAGAGGAAAUUGCCCAUGAUAAACGGUGUGACUGUUUCACUGGGGCAGACUUGUCUGCACUAGUUAGAGAGGCUUGCGUUAAUGCUUUAAGAGCCCACCUCUACUCUCAAACAGCUCUUGCCCACACAGGGCACACAUUCUCCUCCAGCUCUGUUAAAGGCAUACGGGUAAGCAGGCAGAAUUUUGAAGAGGCUUUGAAGAAGGUGCGGCCAUCCGUGUCCAAAAAGGACCAGCUCAUGUAUGAGAAGCUGCGAGAAUCUCUCACCAGAUAGGCCAAAUUGCUGAUGUAUGACAGUCAAGCUGAUGGAGUUUGCUUUGGUGGUUACUAUCUUUUCUCAACGUUUUUGUUUUGAUUGCAGUAUGACAUUGAAAUAUUAUUCCAAUGACCUCAAUUCCAUGAGGGCCAUGUUGAAAUAAAAAGUAAGUGCCACAAUAACACUUUUUUGAAGUUCUGUGAAUACAUCUAUUCUACACUGAGAAACCCCAGUAAUUAUUUACCUCCAAAAUUAUUAAAUGGCAUGAAGGACAACAUUGAGGUUUUUUUUAACUGGUUUAAUAAAUGCACAGAAAUGCAGCAAAGCAUAAAGACAGAACAGGAAUGGAAUUAAACAUGGCCAUAAUGUUAUCAGCCCAAACAGAGAUUUUAAUGACAGUCUUUUUCAGCAUGGAUUCUGACCCUUGCUAGUUCUAAUACUGAUACAGGAAAUAAUAUCUCCAGCAAAAUCUUCAUUGCAGUCAGAGACCAGUCUUUUGAGGCACCUUUAGUUUAAUCUUUUUGAUGUAUUUGACUGAAAAAGCACCUCUGAAAUGUAGUCCUGGAUACUUCAGGGAACCAUAGAGAAUAAAGGUCAGAGAGUUUAAAGAAAGAAGCAUGAACUUUCAAGAUGUAGUUAGUUAUACAACAGUUAGUUCCAUUCCACUGAUUUGAUUGGUUGAACACCAUUCCAAGAGUUCCUAUAUUUCCAACUGCACAGGGGUGUUUCGCUGUGUUUAUCAUUCUGUUCGCCCUGUAAAUUUCCACUUCCUAGUUUGAAAUGGUUACUAUUAGCGACAUCAUCAGCGGACAUAGCAAAAGAUUUUCAACCAUAACUUUUGACUUCAAAUUUGAACGCUCAUCAGAUGAAGAUGAAAAAAAAGUGUUACCAAAAACACCUUUAACAGGAAUGUACAAGUCAACACGUUGGCUAGCUUGCUAGAGCGCUCGUUAUGACGUGAGUAUGGCUUCUUCAGGAUCUAGUUCAGCUUGUGGAGCCAAAAUAAUCAUUUGACCAAAUUGUGUCCAAAAUGUCACUUACUUUAUAUACACUUCUUGUUUAUAGAACUGUUGUAUAAAAGCAAGAUCACACUCACAAUCAUGCAGUUAUACUGAACACUGGCAUAACUGCGAUAUUGCUUAAAUAUAAUAGGGGAGCAGGUGGGAUUGCGGGAUGGAGUCAAGUUAGGGAACCAGUCAACUGUAUCAGCAUGCAUGCUUUUCUCUGUGGGAAAUUAAUGACAGCACAUUUAAUCAGCAGUAGAGCGAGAGUACACAUUAGUAUUUAACCUGUGAGACACAUUAAUUGUGAUUUUUUUUUGUUGAUUCCAUAAUUUUUUCCUCUACUUGAUUUGCGGGGAAAAUAUGCUAUUAAAAUAAUUUCAUAAAAUUUGUUUGAGGUAUGUUUUACGAAGCCAGAAUGUUUAGCUAUUAAACAAAAAUUGGUUUGUGUCAUCUGUGAUUUGUUUGAUUAAACAUUUUGAUUACAAUGUUUCAUU